UCUAUCGUACGUCCUCUCAUGCUCGACCUCCUCCCCCUCCUCCUCCUCCUCGUGCUAACCACCUCGCCAUGGCCACCGACGGCGAGCGGCCAGGACUCCUCCGCCACGGUGAGCCCGCUGAACAUACACUGCAACACGACCGCCGCCGGCAACUCCACGGCCGCCAGCAGCGCGUACCUGUCCAACCUGCGAGCCCUCGGUGACGCGCUCUCCAGGCGCGCCUUCUCCGGCGCCGGCUUCGCGUCCGGGAGCUACGGCACGGCGCCCGACGAGGUUCACGGCCUCGCGCUCUGCCGGGGCGACUUCACCGGGGGCAACUGCACCGACGGCCUCGCGUCGGCGUUCCGCGACGCCGCGGCGCAGUUCUGCCCGAACGCCGCGGACGCCACCGUCUACUACGACCAGUACAUGAUCCGCUACACCGGCGACGGCCGCCUCCUCUCCGACCUCCGCAACAACGAGCCGCUGUGGUCGGGCAAGAACAUGAACGAGGUCGCCGGCACCGGCGCGGCGGCGCGGUUCAUGGACAAGGCCACAGAGCUCAUGAACAAGGCGGCCGACCUCGCCGCCUUCGGGCCGUCGUCGUCGUCGACGCCGAGCCGGUACGCCACCGGCGAGACAUGGUUCGACGAGCAGGGGGUGAGCAUAGUGUACGGGUUGGUGCAGUGCACGCCGGACCUCACCGGCGAGCAGUGCCGGAGCUGCCUCGCCGGCAUCGUCGCGCAGAUGCCGAAGCUGUUCGGCUCCGCUUCGUCAAGGCCGGUUGGUGGGAGGAUCCUCGGAGUCCGGUGCAACCUGCGGUACGAGAAGGAUGUCUUCUUCAAGGAAACCAACGCCACGCUUAAGCUCAACAUGCCAAAAAAGGGGAUGAGCACGAUGCUGAUGAUAUUCGGCGUGCCGUGCCUGGUUCUCAUCAUAUCCGUGGUGCUGCUCAGGCCUCACAUCGUCAGGCAGAUAAGAGAAUUGCUGCUGCAGAGGGACCUAGUCGUAUUGGAAAGGGAGAUCGUGAGUGAAAGCGAUGAGAGGUUUUCGCUGUUCAAGUUCUCCAAGAUAAAAUCUGCUACGGGUAAUUUCUCCGAGCAAAAUAAGCUCGGAGAAGGUGGAUUUGGCCCUGUUUACAAGGGCCGUUUGACUACGAACCAGGACAUUGCAGUCAAACGACUUUCUCCAAAUUCUAUUCAGGGAUUCAAGGAGUUCAAAAACGAAAUUAAACUCAUAGCAUGCCUACGGCACAGGAAUCUUGUUAGGCUCCUUGGAUGCUGCAUCAAAAGCAAGGAGAGGAUACUAGUCUAUGAAUAUAUGCCAAAUGGAAGCUUGGAUGACCUAAUUUUCGGAGAGGAAGCAAAACCGAACUGGCCUGUUCGUCGGCACAUUAUUGAAGGGGUAGCAGAAGGUCUCCUUUAUAUACAUGAUUAUGCUCAUGAACGUAUAGUCCACAGAGACCUGAAACCUAGCAACAUACUGCUAGAUCAUGAAAUGAAUCCCAAAAUUUCAGAUUUUGGGAUUGCUAAGAUUUGCCUCCCCAAUGUGAUAGAAUCAAAAACGACAACGGCAAUGGGUACAUUUGGAUAUAUUGCGCCAGAGUACUAUUCUCAAAGUGUUUAUUCAACAAGGUCCGAUGUUUUUAGCUUUGGCAUUUUAGUUCUUGAGAUCAUAAGUGGAAAGAGAGCCGUGGGCUCAUACAAAUUAUCUGGAAGAUCAUUCGAGCUCAGGAGAUAUGCUUGGCAACUGUGGAAAGAAGAAAGAUGCGACGAGUUGGUUGAUCCAUCUCUGGGAGAAGAUUACCAGGAAAUGGACAUUAUUAGGUGCAUUCAGGCCGCUCUUCUGUGUGUCCAGGACAGUGCAGAGGACAGGCCAACGAUGCACGACGUGACGACGAUGCUAAGCAACAGAAACAGGAGGCUGCUUGUGCCUGCACAACCUGGCUCAUUCAACAUAGACAUCGGUGAUUCAGAGGAGAUCUGAUGAUGAGACGAUUCAGAAUAGACAUUGAUGAAACGGGACUGACAGAUCGUCUAGAUAAAUCAAAUGUUAGUGUUACUUACAUCAAGGUGAAGGCCACGAUUCAUGUAUUUACAUCUUUUUUUGGGUUGGGAAAUUCAUGUAUAUGCAUGUUAUGUUUGUCAUCUGUUGGAAUAAAACUGAUUACUGAUUUCCCGC